AUGAACUGUUAUCUCGCGAGCUCGCCAGUACAAAUGUCCUUGAUGCGCACACGACCAUUGCUAGUAUCCCAGACGCUUCGUCUUCGUUGAAUAUAUUGUGAGAGAGCAGGCCACAGUACGUCACAGCCAUGGUCCAAGUUCCUAGCUGGCUCUAUUCAGACGAGCUUGCUCGCGAGCAGAGCGGCAAAGAAGCCAUGCUCCAGAAUGCCGACUUGAAACCAGUCGAGCCUGCGCGAAGACUUUGGUCGAAGCGCAACUUUGUUGCGUUUUGGCUCGCAGACAGCAUCAACCUCAAUACCUGGAUGAUCAUCGGGUCAUCUGUGACAGCUGGCUUGUCUUGGUGGGAAGCUUGGGUUGCCACUUGGAUUGGAUACUCUAUUGUUGCUGUGUUCAUCUGUAUCUCUGGCCGAAUUGGAGCUACUUACCACAUUUCCUUCCCUGUUGCUUCCCGGGCCAGUUGGGGUAUCUGGUUCUCACUCUGGCCCAUCUUCAACCGUGGCGCUAUGGCAUGUGUCUGGUACGGAGUACAGGCCUGGCUGGGCGGACAAUGCUUCGUCUUGAUGUUCCGGUCUAUGGCACUUUCGUACAACGAUAUCGGCACCAAUAAUCUCGAUUCUGGCAGGCUCGGUACGAGAGACUUUGUUGGCUUCUUCCUCUUUUGGCUCGUGUCUCUCAUCUUUAUCUACCCACCGGUGCAUAAGAUCAGACAUCUCUUCACGGUCAAGGCUAUCGUUGUGCCGAUUGCUGGCCUUUUGUUCAUGGUCUGGGCUCUUGUCAAGGCAGGUGGUAUUGGCCCAGUCGUACACCAGAAGGGCACAUUGACUGGCUCGACACGAGGCUGGGCAUGGGUGACCUCCAUCAUGGCAUGCGUGAGCAACUUCGCCACCCUCAUCGUCAACAACCCUGAUUUCACACGAUUUGCCAGGAAACCCAGUUCAGCCUUUUACCCUCAGCUCAUUACUAUUCCUUGCGGCUUUGCAAUCACUUGCUUUGUCGGUGUCAUUGUUGGUUCAGCAUCAGAGAACAUCUACGGUGAAAAGCUCUGGAACCCGCUGGACUUGCUAUCGCGUAUGCUCGACAACAAUCCAUCCUCAGCUACGCGCGCUGGUGUUUGGUUCAUUGCUUUAGCAUUUGCUCUCGCUCAGCUUGGUGUCAACAUUGCAGCCAAUUCCGUGAGUGCAGGCUCAGACUUGACGGCAGUUUUGCCUAGGUUCCUCAAUAUCCGUCGAUCUGGCUACAUCUGUGCUAUUGUUGGUCUUCUCAUCAAGCCAUGGAUCCUGGUUUCUGACAGUUCCACCUUUACAACAUACCUCUCUGCCUACUCGACCUUCCUAUCUUCCAUCGCGGGUGUUAUCUUUGCAGACUACUACAUUGUACGCAAGGGAUACCUCAAGGUGGAUGACCUCUACUCGGGCGAUCACCGAGGUGCGUACUACUUUUGGAAUGGCAUCAAUUGGCGUGCUGCAGUGGCCUAUGUCUGUGGUGUAGCCAUCAACAUUGGUGGGUUUGCAGAUGCUGUUGGCGUCAAGGGUAUUCCAAAUGGUGUGGUCAAGAUGUAUACCCUCAACUUCUUCCUUGGGCUUGGCUUGUCCAUGGUCAUCUAUACCGGUCUUUGCAAGCUCUCACCCAUUCCAGCGUGUGGCGACAAAUGGCCAUCCGAGGUGCAUGACUACAUUGACGCUGUUGAUGAAGGCUCUGACGAAUUGGAGAAGUAUGGAUCAGCUGAAAAGGCUCCACAAUCGCAAGUCCAGAGCUAUGCUACAUGACCAGCGAAGAUGUGUGACUGGCUAAUUUCUUCUUUCGGGCGUGACUUUUGCUUUGGACCUGCCAAUUGGAUGUCUGAGCCGCCUUUUUCAGAGACGUGACUUUUGUGCAGGAUAUCUCCUGUGCCGUUUCUAGCUUCUUUACACAUAUAUAGAUGAUUGUUAGAUGAUUGUGCU